GAGGUCGAGCGGCGAUGCCUGAAGCCUCGGCCAGGGCCGAGAGGGGGCAUCGUCUUCCCGCGGAGCUCUAGCGCUUCCCUCCGCGGGCCAAGACGAGGCGGCGCGGCGCGGCACGAUUCCCUCGCUAUAAAAGGCGGCAAGUCCCUUGGAUCUCCGGGAGACGCUCUACGGCGACGGACUCCCGGCCUGGCUGGCUGCAGACGCGACCUCGGGUGCAAACCAAGAUGCGCAACUCGCAGAGGCCGAAGCUCCGGUUCUCCUCGCUGCAGCUUCUGCUGCUGCUGUGGGCAGCCCGGCGACCUUGCGCAGCGGGCGACGAGGAGGAGGAGGAGGAGAAGGAGAAGGAGGACGCAGGUCAUCCAGGGCACAAAGACCAUCACUGGAGCUACAAAGACAUGCCAGAGUGGGGGUCCAUGUUUCCCCACUGUGAGGGUCACAUGCAGUCUCCCAUCAACAUCAACACAACAGCUGUCAGCUUCAGCGCCAAGCUGGGGCCCCUGCUACUGUCUGGCUAUAAUGUGCCUCCUGAAGUGAAGCUUCCCCUAAAGAACAACGGUCACACUGUUCUUCUAGGUCUGCCCAAGAAAAUGACACUUGGUGGGGGUGGCUUCCCCCAGCCGUACCAAGCAGCCCAGCUACACCUGCAUUGGGGAUCAGGGCUGACCAGGCCUGGCUCCGAACACACAGUGGAUGGCCACCGUUAUGCGGGUGAGAUUCACGUGGUCCAUUACAGCUCCCAUUUUGAGAGUAUCCAGGAGGCUGCGAGUGAACCAGGAGGGUUGGCUGUGCUGGCUGCGUUUCUGCAGGUAGGGAUGGAAACAAAUGAACCGUAUCAGCACAUCCUCAAACAUCUGAGUGAGAUCAAGGAAGAAGGAGAGGAAACGGUAGUUGCUGGCUUUGAUGUAGCCAAGCUUCUCCCUGAUGACUUUGGCCGCUAUUUCCGCUACAAUGGCUCACUGACCACCCCACCUUGUUACCAGACGGUGAACUGGACAGUCUUUAAUCAGACAGUUCGGCUCUCCCAGGAACAGAUCUCGAUGCUGGAGGACACCCUACGAGGAGACGAGGAUGAGCCUAUCCAGAAUAACUUCCGCCACCUGCAGGAUCUUUAUGGGCGGAGUAUCUUUUCAAGUUUUCACAGCCUUGAGAAGGUUCAGCCAACUGAUGGCGGUCUCUCCUCUCCUUUGCCAGAUGGCCCCCCAAGUGACCGCCUUGAUCCCCUGGAUUCUGGAAAAGAUGGCGCCCCAAGAGACGGCCUUGACCCCCCGGAUUCUGGAAAAGAUGGCACCCCAAGAGACGGCCUUGACCCCCCAGAUUCUGGAAAAGAUGGUGCCCCAAGAGAUGGCCUUGACCCCCCGGAUUCUGGAAAAGAUGCUGAGAAGCAGGUGAACACCUCCCUUCACACAGGGGACAUUCUGGCUAUUCUCUUUGGCUCUCUCUUUGUGGCCACAGCCCUUGCCUUCCUCGUCUACAUUCACAAGCACCGGAGACUGGCAAGCAGGCACCGAGGACAAGCCACGAAACCUGCUGCCCUUUACGUUCCGGCCUCCACUGAUGAGCAAGCACUGUAGCUGGCAGCCCACUGGCCACGCUCCACCCCACGCCCUUGGUGCUCCUUCCUACCCCAGCCUGUUCAAAGCCCGACAUGCCCCCCCCCCACUAGCAGCUGGGGUGGUGCUCAGGCCAGCCGGAGGAAGAGCAACCCAAACACAAGAUCCUCCUCCCCUCGCCGGAAUAGAGGGGCUGCAGAGGAGCCCAGCCCAGCAGAGUUGAGAAGGCUCCUGAGAAGGCUCCCCCCUGGACUUGUGGAGCAGCGGGACCGCCCGCCCAAAUUGCAAGCUAGUGUGCUCCUGAGGCACUUCUAGACAGAAACCCGUGACUUACCUUCAGACUCUCCAGGAAGAACCACGGGCUGCUCCAGGUGUGGCAGCACCCACCUGGGUGCCAGGAAGCCCUCUCGGCAUAAGGCUUGCCCAGCGGCUGUGGAGAGGGCUGGUGCUACAGAAGUCAUGUCAUUCUCUCUCUCUCUCUCUCUUUUUCCCACCCUUCUCAUUGGGAAGCCUGAUUGGCCAAAGGCCGGACUGGUCCGAUUAAUGGCUUCUUGAUGGCCUGCACAAACACAGCAGCCUUGCCGCUCUGUCGAUUUGUUCUCACAAGCUCGUUGCGUGGCUGCCGGGUGACAGUGGCCUGAAAGCUGCCUAAGCUCAGCCUUCUUCACACAAACCCCGAAUGAAACAGCGAAUUCUGAAAAAAGGUUUAUUUUG